AUGCCACAAUACCAAUAUGAGACAGUCAAUGUGGAAGUCUUACCAGAGGGUGUAGCCCACGUUCAGUUAAAUAGACCAAAUAAAUUGAAUGCUUUUAAUGAUCAACUUGUAAACGAUGUUCGAAUCGCUUUCGAGGACAUAUCCAAGGACAGUAAUAUCUUGUCUGUUGUCAUAUCAGGAUCGGGUCGCAUGUUUACUGCUGGGUUAGACUUAACAGAAACGAAGUUAAAAAGUUUUGACGAAGGUGAUCCCGCACGUGCUGCUUAUAAAAACCGUGCUCAUAUUGAAAAUUUUCAAGCUGCCUUUACAGCCAUUGAGUUGUGCACCAAACCAGUGAUUGCUGCUAUUCAUAAUGCUUGCUUCGGAGCUGGUGUUGAUUUAAUUACAGCUUGUGAUAUUCGUUAUUGUACAAGCGACUCCUUCUUUUGUAUCAAAGAAGUAGAUGUUGGCCUCGCUGCAGAUGUUGGCUCCUUACAGAGAUUACCGAAAGUGAUUGGUAAUCAAAGCCUGGUUCGUGAAUUAUGUUUUACAGGCCGCAAUAUGUAUGCAGAUGAGGCUCUAGCUUGUGGUUUUGUUAGCAAGGUAACAGACGAUUACAAUAGCCUUAUGGGGGAAGCAUUGAAGUUGGCGAGAACGAUUGCUUCCAAAUCACCGAUUGCCGUUCUCGGUACCAAACACUUGCUCAACUAUUCUAGGGAUCACUCCGUUGCAGAAGGCCUAGCUUAUACUGUAACAUGGAACGCACCUAUGUUGAAUACUGAGGAUAUUCCAUUAUCGAUUCAGGCAUUUGUCACAAAAAGGCCUGCAAAAUAUUCUAAGCUUUAA